UUGUGCAUACGGUCUUACGUACGGUGGGACCCCUCAGAUCUUCGCUUGGCCAUGAUGAGCUAGCGAUCCAGAUCGUCGAUUUGAUGAGGUUCCGGAAAGAAAUUUUUGUGGUUAUUAAUAAAAAGAGAGAGAGAACUUUGGGUCUAACAGGUUUGGUACAUGGAACUGUAACUAAGACUGAUAAAAAAAAGACAUGCAGCCCAUGGGGAAUGAAAGACCUGGACCUCCAAAUUUUCCUGGAAGACCUGCAUCUUCCCCCUUUGGGGCUGCUCCUCAAACUACAAUGCCAUCUCCUCAAACUACAAUGCCAUUUUUAUCGUCUGGGCCAGUUGUUGGUUCAGAUGCUUUUGGUUAUAGAGCUGCAGCUGCCCCACCAGUUAGGUUUAAUGGUCCAUCAAUGUCUUCCCCGCCAGCAUCUUAUCCUUCAUCGAAUUUAGGUGCUUAUCAGCGCUUUCCAUCACCAAAUUAUCUUUCAACUGCUCAAUCCCCAGGUCCCUUGCGUGGUCCAGCAUACACUGGCCAGCCAGGAUUACCGCCACCGACACUACCUUCUAUGGGCCAACAACCAGUUUUAGCCCCAACUGUUGCUGCUCGUCCAUUCCAGAUUCCCCCGGUGCCAAUGGGACCUCCUACUCAAAAUGUAAACCCUACACCACCUAGAGGUAAUAUACCUCCAUCAGCGGAGUCAUCGUUUCCUGCUUUGAGGCCAGUUUUGCAGUCAUCUUUGCAUGGAUACCCCAGUAGGCAACCCAUUCCUGUUGCACAUGUUCCUCCACCACAGGCUUCCCCUUUCCAUCCACAACAAGGCUUUGUACCACCCCCACCCGGAGGAACUCCUGUAAGUCUGAAUUCCAGGGAACAUGUGCCAUAUACCAGUGCAGGACCUCCUCUAGGUGCCCUUCAAGGCUUGGUUGAGGAGUUCAGCUCACUAACAGUUGGAUCUGUUCCGGGAUCAAUUGAUGCUGGAAUUGAUUCCCAAGCGCUGCCGAGGCCACUGGAUGGCGAUGUGGAGCCAAGUUCCUUUGUUGAGAUGUACCCCUUGAAUUGCCAUCCUAGAUAUCUAAGGCUGACGACGAGUGCAAUACCAAAUUCUCAAUCAUUGCUGUCCAGGUGGCAUUUGCCUCUUGGAGUAGUGGUUCAUCCUCUGGCGGAACCUCCUGAAGGGGUCAGUAACACUGUUCUCAGAAGGGCCAAGGAAGAAGUGCCCAUUGUCAAUUUUGGACCGGCAGGCAUUAUUCGCUGUAGAAGAUGUCGAACAUAUGUGAAUCCAUAUGUGACAUUUACGGAUGGAGGAAGAAAGUGGCGUUGCAACAUUUGCGCUUUGCUUAAUGAUGUUCCUGGUGAUUAUUUCUCCCUUUUGGAUGCAAGUGGUAGAAGGUGUGAUGCAGAUCAACGACCUGAGCUUACAAAGGGUAGUGUAGAAUUUGUUGCUCCGACUGAGUAUAUGGUGCGGCCUCCAAUGCCGCCUCUAUAUUUCUUCCUCAUUGAUGUAUCGUCAUCUGCUGUUAGAAGUGGGAUGCUUGAGAUAGUGGCCAAGACCAUCAAGUCUUGUUUGGAUGAGCUGCCUGGCUUCCCUAGGACACAGAUUGGAUUCAUAACUUUUGACAGCACUCUACAUUUUUAUAAUAUGAAGUCAUCUUUGACUCAGCCUCAGAUGAUGGUGGUGUCAGAUCUGGAUGACAUAUUUGUACCUUUGCCAGAUGAUCUCCUAGUCAACUUGUCUGAAUCUAGAAGUGUGGUGGACACAUUUUUGGAUAGCUUGCCUUCCAUGUUUCAGGACAAUGUUAAUAUAGAAUCUGCUUUCGGGCCUGCACUUAAAGCGGCAUUCAUGGUUAUGAGUCGACUUGGAGGAAAGUUACUGAUCUUUCAGACCACUCUACCGUCUCUUGGUAUUGGUCGCCUAAAGUUACGUGGAGAUGAUCUUCGUGUUUAUGGAACGGAUAAAGAACAUAUGUUGAGAUUACCAGAAGAACCAUUUUAUAAGCAAAUGGCUGCUGAUCUUACAAAAUGCCAGAUUGGGGUGAACUUAUAUGUUUUCAGUGACAAGUAUUCGGAUAUAGCUUCACUAGGAACUCUUGCAAAAUAUACCGGUGGCCAGGUAUAUUAUUAUCCAUCUUUUCAAGGGGAUGUUCACAAAGAGAAGCUCAGGCAUGACUUGGCCCGGGAUCUCACGAGGGAGACUGCUUGGGAGGCUGUGAUGCGCAUCCGAUGUGGAAAAGGGGUCCGGUUUACCACUUAUCAUGGGCACUUUAUGUUAAGGUCUACAGAUUUAUUGGCUCUUCCAGCUGUUGACAGUGAUAAAGCCUUUGCAUUGCAGUUAUCUCUAGAAGAAACUUUAUUGACAACUCAGACUGUAUAUUUUCAAGUUGCUCUGUUAUACACCUCAUCUUCUGGGGAAAGGCGUAUCAGAGUCCAUACUGCAGCAGCACCUGUGGUCGCAGAUCUUGGAGAGAUGUACCGCCAGGCUGACACGGGAGCCAUUGUCUCUGUGUUGAGUAGACUCGCAAUUGAGAAAACAUUGUCCCAUAAGCUUGAAGAUGCUCGCCACACCGUGCAGCUAAGGAUUGUGAAGGCCCUCAGAGAAUAUCGGAACCUCUAUGCUGUUCAGCACCGGUUGAGUGGCAGGAUGAUAUAUCCAGAAUCACUGAAAUUCUUACCUCUGUAUGGACUAGCAUUGUGUAAAUCUAUUCCCAUCCGUGGAGGAUAUGCUGAUGCUCAACUUGACGAGCGGUGUGCUGCUGGUUUCAAUAUGAUGGUUUUGCCUGUUAAAAGAUUAUUGAAGCUUCUCUAUCCCAGUUUGAUGCGGCUUGAUGAGUACCUUGUAAGGGCUCCAGUAGCUGAUGCUGAUGAUUUUAGGAACUUCUUAAAGCGGUUGCCUUUGACUGCUGGGAGCUUAGACCCUAAAGGCCUUUAUAUUUACGAUGAUGGAUUUCGCUUCAUUAUUUGGUUCGGCAAAAUGCUAUCUCUUGAUAUCACUGCCAAUUUACUUGGGGUAGAUUCAUCUGGGUAUCCUGAGCUGUCCAAGUUUAUCCUUCCUGAGCUCGACAACGGAGUGUCAAGAAAGCUAAUGGGGAUUCUGAAAAGAUUGAGGGAGAGUGACCCUUCAUCAUAUCAGUUGUGCCAUCUCGUGAGACAAGCCGAGCAGCCAAGGGAAGGUUUGUUGCUAUUUGCCAAUCUGAUUGAGGACCAGAUUGGGGGUGCUGGUGGCUAUAUUGAUUGGAUCCAGCAAAUACACCGCCAAGUCCAGCAAAGUGCUUAAACAGAUGACAUUGUAUACUGUGGCCCGCUGGUUAGACUGAAAGGCAUUGGAUGCUAUCACCUGAAGUGGUGGUCCGUCGGCUUUGGAUCAAGUAGCAAAAGUAGCCCUACCUUGUCAUGACUUCUGUUUGUGAUGUUUGAGUCAGGGUUAGUAUGAAGUUUACAUUGGGUUUCUUGUGUUGAUCCCCUAAAUUAAAUUAAGAAUAAGUAGGUCUCUGUUAUCUUUCUAUUUAUGAGGAAUUCCCCUUUCUUUUUCUUUUUCUCAGAUAUAUAAAUUUUGUUUUGUGGUUUCCAUUGCCGCCAGUGUGCAAUUUGUUGAAUCAUAAAAUAAGGAUUGAAUCAGAUAUUGAUCUUGUGGGGUCUGUGGCCAUUCGACGGCUAAUUCUCCAUUCUUACAAA